UCUGUCCCGCCUUCUCAGUUCUGGUUAUUUCUGGACUUUUUUUUACUUCUCUGAGACUUGGCGCCGUUUCGGUGAUUUUCCCGCCUCAGACCUCAGGUCCACUUUUCCCAUCAGAAGAAAAUCCAAACUGUUUCCUGUAUCGAUGCGUCACUGCCCCCCGCCCCCCACGUGCGUGAAGCGCGGCUCCGAAUCAGGGACACUGCAGCGGAUGUGACCCGCUUCAGGAUGCAGAGAGGGAGAGCGGGAGAAGGGGGCAUGUCGUGAUCACGGAGGGGGACAGACUCGCUCCCGCCGCGCUUUCCGGUUCGGCUGCACGCACACCCGCUGCUCCCGCCGCAGGAUGAAGGUGCAGACGCAGCUGCCCUCAGAGGGUUGAUGGGGUUUGGAUCGGUUCAGCACCUGUGGAACGAUGUCCAGCAUGAUCUCCCUGACGGUCAGCUCCCUCUACCUGCCCGUGCUGCUGUUCCAGGCCUUCGUCUGGUCCAAAGGGAAGUAUGAGCGAUCCGUGGUCCCGAGCUCCGCCUCCCGCCUGGUGGCCCGCAUGGACGGGGACAUCAUCAUCGGGGCGCUGUUCUCCGUUCACCACCAGCCUUCUGCCGAGAAGGUGGCUGAGAGGAAAUGCGGCGAGGUCCGCGAGCAGUACGGCAUCCAGAGGGUGGAGGCCAUGUUCCACGCCCUGGACCGCAUCAACUCCGACCCCACCCUGCUGCCCAACAUCACCCUGGGCUGCGAGAUCCGGGACUCCUGCUGGCACUCCUCGGUGGCUCUGGAGCAGAGCAUCGAGUUCAUCCGGGACUCCCUCAUCUCCAUCCGGGACGACUCCGACGGCUCCAAGUGGUGCAUUGAGGGCACGCCCUCCAGUCAGCCCCCGCCCACGAAGAAGCCCAUCGUGGGGGUCAUCGGGCCCGGCUCCAGCUCGGUAGCUAUCCAGGUCCAGAACCUUCUGCAGCUCUUCAACAUCCCGCAGAUCGCCUACUCGGCCACCAGCAUCGACCUCAGCGACAAGACGCUCUUCAAGUACUUCCUGCGGGUGGUGCCCUCCGACACGCUGCAGGCCCGGGCCAUGCUGGACAUCGUCAAGAGACACAACUGGACCUACGUGUCUGCGGUCCACACAGAGGGUAACUAUGGCGAGAGCGGCAUGGAGGUGUUCAAAGAGCUGGCUUCACAGGAAGGCCUCUGCAUCGCUCACUCCGACAAGAUCUACAGCAACGCCGGCGAGAAGCACUUCGACCGGCUGCUGCGGAAGCUGCGCGAGCGCCUGCCCAAAGCCAGGGUGGUGGUCUGCUUCUGCGAAGGCAUGACGGUCCGCGGGCUGCUCAUGGCCAUGAGGCGUUCAGGGGUCUCCGGGGAGCUCCUCCUGAUCGGCAGUGACGGCUGGGCAGACAGGGUGGAGGUGGUGGAGGGGUACGAGCACGAGGCUGUGGGCGGGAUCACGGUGAAGCUGCACUCCGCCGAGGUCUCCUCCUUCGACGACUACUUCCUGAAGCUGAAGCUCAGCACCAACACCCGGAACCCGUGGUUCCCGGAGUUCUGGCAGUACCGCUUCCAGUGCCGCCUGCCCGGACACCCCCAGGAGAACCUGAACUACGCUCGCAACUGCUCAGACGAUGAGCAUCUAGAACUGCAGGACGGUUAUGAGAGCCUGGAGGACAACUACGUUCAGGACAGUAAGAUGGGCUUUGUCAUCAACGCCAUCUACGCCAUGGCCCACGGCCUGCACGACAUGCACUCCCACCUGUGCCCCGACCACGUGGGGCUCUGCGACGACAUGAAGCCGGUGGACGGGAGCCACUUGCUGGACUUCCUGCUGCAGACUUCCUUCGCAGGCGUUUCUGGAGAAGACAUCUGGUUUGAUGAGAACGGAGACUCACCUGGAAGGUACGAGAUCAUGAACUUCCAGCGCGUGGAGCCCGGUGUCUACGACUACAUCAACAUCGGCUCCUGGCACGAGGGCCUCCUCAGCCUGGAGGAGGAGCUGGUCCAGAUGAACAGCAGCGACAUGGUGCGCUCGGUCUGUAGCGAGCCGUGCUCCAGAGGAGAGAUCAAGGUCAUCCGGAAGGGAGAGGUGAGCUGCUGCUGGAUCUGCACCGCCUGCAAGGAGAACGAGUUCGUCCAGGACGAGUUCACCUGCAAGGCCUGCGAGCUGGGCUGGUGGCCCGACCCGGAGCUGGAAGGCUGCCGGCCCAUCCCCCUCCUCUACCUGGAGUGGAGCAACCCGGAGUCCAUCAUCCAGGUGGUCUUCUCCUGCCUGGGCAUCCUGGUGACCUCCUUCGUGGCCUUCAUCUUCGUCUUGUACCGGGACACGCCCGUGGUCAAGUCGUCCAGCCGCGAGCUCUGCUACAUCAUCCUGGCGGGGAUCUUCCUGGGCUACCUGUGCCCCUUCACGCUGCUGGCCCGCCCCACGGUGGCGUCCUGCUACCUGCAAAGACUCCUGGUGGGCCUGUCUGCCGCCAUGUGCUACUCGGCCCUGGUCACCAAAACCAACCGCAUCGCCCGCAUCCUGGCCGGCAGCAAGAAGAAGAUCUGCACGCGGAAGCCCCGCUUCAUGAGCGCCUGGGCUCAGGUGGUCAUCGCCUCCGUCCUGAUCAGCGUGCAGCUGACGCUGGAGGUCACGCUCAUCAUCCUGGAGCCGCCGGAGCCCGUCAAGUCCUACCCCAGCAUCCGGGAGGUCUUCCUCAUCUGCAACACCAGCAACGUGGGCGUGGUGGCUCCACUGGGCUACAACGGCCUGCUCAUCCUCAGCUGCACCUACUACGCCUUCAAGACGCGCAACGUGCCGGCCAACUUCAACGAGGCCAAGUACAUCGCCUUCACCAUGUACACCACCUGCAUCAUCUGGCUGGCCUUCGUGCCCAUCUACUUCGGCAGCAACUACAAGAUCAUCACCACCUCCUUCUCCGUCAGCCUCAGCGUCACCGUGGCUCUGGGCUGCAUGUUCACGCCCAAGAUGUACAUCAUCCUCGCCAAGCCCGAGCGCAACGUGCGCAGCGCCUUCACCACCUCCGACGCCGUGCGCAUGCACGUGGGCGACGGCAAGAUGGCGUGCCGCAGCAACAGCCUCCUCAACAUGUUCAAGAGGAAGAAGAACGGCGCCAACGGCAGUUCUAAUGGAAAGUCUGUGUCAUGGUCUGAACCAGGUGCAAGACACCCUCCCAGAGGGGAUCACAUUUGGCACAGACUGUCAGUCCAUGUGAAGAAACAGGAAGCAGCGUCCAAUCAGACCGCCGUCAUCAAACCUCUCACUAACACCUUCCACAGCGCCGCUCAGGACUUCUCCCGCCUCAGCACCAAGACGCUGUACAAUGUGGCUGAGGAGGACGAGAGCGAGCCUGUGGGUUACAACCCCCCCGCCACCCCCCCCAUGAUGGCCCACGGGCAGAUCCCCGCCUGUGGGGGCAAACGAGACGCAGACGAGGAGGCGGACCUCUUCUCUGCCGAGCAGAAGAACGGCCUCAUCCCUCCGCCCCCGAUGAAGGAGGCCGUCCCUGAGGGGGGGUCUCUGAGGUUCAGCGGCGACCCCCCUCCAAUCUGCCCUUUGAUGCCUCCGCCCUCGAGCAGCGGCAGGCCUGUUUACCACCAGGCCCACCUGAUCCAGCAGGAGCCGGUGCUGCCGGACCACCUGGACCCGUUUGACGAAGACUCCGCCUACCCUGAAGAUGAGGAGGAGGACGAGGAUGAGGAGGAGGAGCUUGACAGCGAGCAGUUCGGCCUCCUCCACGGAUUCAUGUACAACAGCACGCAGGUUCAUGAAGACGAGAACCCGGCCCACGUCAAACUGGCCAUGGAGGACUCUCUGGCCCUGAUGCCCCCCUCCCCGUUCCGAGACCGCUCCUUCCCCCCAGCCUGCCCCUUUCCCCACUCCCCGGUGUCUGAGUCGAUGCUAACCACGCCCCCAAACGCCACUUACGCCUCGGUCAUCCUCACAGACUGCAAGCAAAGCUUCUCAACUCUGUGACGGAUUUCCAGCUCCGCUCUGUACGAACGCGGCUCGGGAUCCGAGACCCGGAACCCGGGACGCGGUCUUCACGGAGACACGCCAGGAUCUGAGACCCGGAACCCGGGACGCGGUCAUCACGAAGACACGCCGGGAUCUGAGACCCGGAGCCUGGGACGCGGUCUCCAUGAAGACACGCCGGGAUCUGAGACCCGGAACCCGGGACGCGGUCUUCACGGAGACAUGCCAGGAUCUGAGACCCAGAACCCAGAACACGGGACGCGGUCUCCAUGAAGACACGCCGGGAUCCGCAACUCAGAACCCAGAACACAAAACCCAAAACGCGGUCUUUAUGAAGAUACGCCAGGAUCUGAGAUCCAGAACCCAGAACACGGUCAUCAUGAAGACACGCCGGGAUCUGAGACCCGGAACCCGGGACGCGGUCUUCAUGAAGACACGAUGGGCUUCGAGACCCAGAAUACAAAACCCGGAACGUGGUCUUCACAGAGACACGCCAGGAUCUAAAACUCCGAAUCCGGAACACGGUCUUCAUGAAGACAUGCCGGGAUCCAAGACACCGAACCCAGAAUGCGGUCUUCGUGUAGACACGCUGGGAUCCGCAACUCAGAACCCAGAACACAAAACCCGAAAUGCGGUCUUUAUGAAGAUACGCCGGGAUCCGAGACUCAGAACCCAGAACACGGAACCAGGAACGUGGUCUUCAUGAAGACAUGAUGGGCUCCAAGACCCAGAACCCGGAACCCGGUCUUCAUGAAGACACACCGGGAUCCAAAACCCGGAACCCAGAACCCGGGACGCGGUCUCCAUGAAGACAUAAUGGGCUUCGAGACCCAGAACCCAGGAACCCAGAACGCGGUCUUCACGGAGACACGCCAGGAUCUGAGACUUAGGACCCGGAACCCAGAACCCGGAACCCAGAACACGGUCUUCAUGAAGACAUGCCGGGAUCUGGGACUCAGAACCCGGAACCCAGAACACAGAACCUGGGACGCAGUCUUCAUGAAGACAUGUUGGGAUAUGAGACUCAGAACCCAGAACGCGGUCUUCAUGAAGACACAAUAGGCUUCGAGACCCAGAACCUGGAAACCAGAAUGCGGUCUUCCCAGAGACACGCCAGAAUCCGAAACUCAGAAUCCGGUCUUCAUGAAGACAUGAUGGGAUCUGAGACUCAGAACCCGGGACGUGGUCUUCAUAAAGACAUGCCGGGAUCCUCCUGAAACCCAGAACCCCAGAUGUGGUCUUCAUAAAAACAUGAUGGGCUUCGAGACCCAGAACUCGGAACCCAGAACGCGGUCUUCAUGAAGACAUGCUGUGGUCUUAUGGCAACCCAAAGGGUCAGUAAUCUCCAGGAAAAGUGCUGUAAAAACACCGUACUGACCAUGAAAAACGCCGCUUUUAAAAGUAGCACGUAAAUUAUGCCGUCUCGUAUUUGAAACAAGACGACGCUUUUGACGGGCGGGUAUUUCAUGAUAAAACGCCACUUUUUAAGCCUGUUUUUUGACAACACAAGACGGCAUAAUUACAUGCUAUUUUUAAAACAUGCGUUAAAACUGGCGAUUUUCAUGGCCAACACUGCGUUUUUACGGUGCUUUUACUGGCAAUUAAUGACCUCUUUGGCUUGCCAUAAGACGUAGAACCUGAACCACACUCUUCAUGAAGACUCGCCGGGAUCCUCCUGACACCCAGAACCGGGAACCCCGUCACGUGUUUCACUCUGAUCUGGAACCGCCUCUUCAUGUUAGCAUCAGAUGCAGUAGAAACAACUCUAUCAAACAUGCUGUAUAUUUCUGACAUGAGGAUAAUAGGAUAUGGUAGACUAUAGAGUUCAUGUCCAUGUGUGCGUCAGGAGAACUUCAUGGUGGGUUUGAAACCUGCAGGAGGAACUGAGCCGUGAAACCUUCUCCUGUUCCUUUAUGCUGGUGGAGGCGUUCUGAGAGCUGGUUCUGACCACAUCCCGGACCGUCCGCCUGCUACCCGACACGAGCUCCUCACAGAUGGAGGUUUGGUUCAGAUCUGGUGAAUCUUCCAGGUUUUUGUUCUGAUAAAGGAAAGAGUUGGCUCAGAGAAAAAUUACUAAGUCAAACUUUAGUUAUUUUGUCUUUGUUACUUUUUUAUGUUUACAGGAAGUGAGUCAAAAACAUGAAUAUAGAGUCUUAUCAAUGUGAUCUGGCCCCGCCUCCAGCAGACGGCGUUUGUGGCCGAAGCCGGCCCUGUCUGCGGUUUAUUUGUACUUCGAUGUCCCUCGACAGACGUGUUCUCAUCGAGGAAUGAGGGGAGCGUGAAAUCCUUCUGAAUCCCGACAGACUGAUUUUACAUUCCUGAAAGCUGCACAGAAUGUAGCACGACGCCACCUUAAGAUGCAGCCGCUCCUUAAUGACCCUCCACGGACCCGGACAACUAAAACCCACAGAUCCUGUCCGGGUCAACACUGCCAUAUUGAGGGUUUAGCAUGAAGGUGAGUGUGGCACAGGAAGUGACGCACGUUUGGAGUUUGCUUCAGAAUCAUCCGUUAAACUUCCUGUUUCCCUUUCUGAUCGUUAAAACACAAAAGAAUCGCCUGUUCUCCCGUUUCCUAACCUUUUUCCCAGAGUUCCGUGCUCAAAUCACUGGUGAGACAGAACAAAGACACAAUGUCUCAAAAACUGGAUUUACAGACGAGAACAAACCGAUUCCGAUUUAGUUUGAUCCCUUCAGCACCAGCAUCAAUGAACAGGAGAACAUCUUUAGAAACUGUCCAGAAAUGUCAUCUUUAUAUUUAUUUCAUGAGUUCAGCAGCUCUGAAAGUAUCACCUGUCAUUUCUUCUGAUAUUAUCAAAAUAAAAGCAGAUGUGUUAGCUCUAAAUGCUAGUGCGUAGGUUAGCUUGUGGUUGGAGCUUCCAUUACUGCGUUAGUUUGACUCGCAAACGGCAGAAACAGGAAAAAACAAUGUAAACAGCUGAGGAUCAUCUCUGUACCGCCCACAAACUGAACAGAAGGUUUUUCAGCAUCUUCAUCCAGAGCAGGGCUAGGGAACCCUGGUCCUCGAGACCCACUCAUAUUGUUUUCCAAUAUACCCUGCUCUGGCAUGUGCUUAUUGGCUGGAAACACCUGAACCAGGUAAUUGUCAUGGGUCCCUACUCAUGGCUGAUUACCUGGUCCAGGUGUGUCCCGCCAAUAAGAACAUGCCAGAGCAGGGUAUAUUGGGAAACAUGCAGGAAGGUGGCUCUACAGCAGGGGUGUCAAACUCAAGUCCUCGAGGGCCGACGUCCUACUGCUUUUCCAGAAAUCCUGCCUCAUCUGCUGCUGAUUACCUGGAUCAGGUGUGUUUGGCCAAUAAGGAGCUUCAAAGGCAGGUUGGUUGGAAAACAUGUGGGACACCGGCCCUUGAGGCCUGGAGUUCGACACCUGUGCUCUAGAGAAACAGGGUUCUCUGCCCCUGAUCCAGAGUCUGCAGGAGUGAAGGUCCCUGCAGGGGCUGGAUGUUCAUCUGCACAUAAUUCUGCUCAUAGAUCAAUCUUCUGUCAAUAAUUCAAUCAGGAAAACAGCAAAAAUGAUUCAGUUUGAGGACAAAUGUCUGAUGGAAAGAGGCAGAAAUGAUCCGAAACAUUAACAGGUUGAAAGAUGCAGAUGUUUGGGUGGAUGACUGACCUCAGAAUGACCAUAGACUGACCUCAGACUGACCUCACACUGACCUCAGACCGACCUCACACUGACCUCAGAAUGACCAUAGACUGACCUCAGACUGACCUCACACUGACCUCAGACCGACCUCAGACUGACCUCAGAAUGACCAUAGACUGACCUCAGACUGACCUCAAAAUGACCAUAGACUGACCUCAGACUGACGUCAGACUGACCUCAGACUGACAUCAGAAUGACCUAAGAAUGACCUCAGACUGACCUCAAGGUGAAAUCAAGCUGACCUCAAAAUGACCUUAGAGUGACCUCAGACUGACCUCACACUGACCUCAGAAUGACCAUAGACUGACCUCAGACUGACCUGAGAAGGACCUCAGACUGACCUCACACUGACCUCAGACUGACCUUAGACUGACCUUAGACUGACCUCAGACAGACCUUAGACUGACCUCAGACUGACCUAAGAAUGACCUCAGACUGACCUCACACUGACCUCAGAAUGACCAUAGACUGACCUCAGACUGACAUCAGAAUGACCUUAGACUGACCUCAGAAUCACCUCAGACUAACCUCAGACUGACCUCAGACCGACCUCAGACUGACCUAAGAAUGACCUCAGACUGACCUCACACUGACCUCAGAAUGACCAUAGACUGACGUCAGAAGGACCUUAGACUGACCUCAGAAGGACCUCAGACUGACCUCAGACGGACCUCAGAAGGACCUCAGACUGACUUUAGACUGACCUCAGACGGACCAUAGACUGACCUCAAAAUGACCUGAGAAGGACCUCACACUGACCUCAGACUGACCUCACACUGACCUGAGAAGGACCUCACACUGACCUCAGACUGACCUCAGACUGACCUCACACUGACCUCAGACUGACCUUAGACUGACCUUAGACUGACCUCAGACUGACCUCAGACUGACCUAAGAAUUACCUCAGACUGACCUCAAGCUGACCUCAGAAUGACUAUAGACUGACCUCAGACUGACCUCAGACGGACCUCAGACCGACCUCAGACUGACCUGAGACUGACAUCAGACUGACCAUAGACUGACCUCAGACUGACCUCAAGCUGACCUCAAAAUGACCUUAGAAUGACCUCAGACUGACCUCACACUGACCUCAGACUGACCUCAGACUGACCUCAGACUGACCUCAGACUGACGUCAGAAUGACCUCAGACUGACCUCAGACGGAGUUCUGAAGCUUUCCGUUUCAGAAACGCCGUCUUGGAUUUUCCUUAUCAGGACUUGUGAGCCGCUCCAUCUGGCCUGCAAAAAGUUUCUCAGGUUUAAAAAUCGUUUCUUUUUGAGAAGACCUGAAGGAGGUGGUGAAUGUGGGUGGAGCCUGGAGGGGCGUGGCCUCAGACUUCCGUCUGGCUGCUCCUGGCUGUUGGAUUUAUCGUUCUGCAUUUAAGGACAGUUGAAGCUCACGACUUUCAGCAAAAAUGUUUUCUGGUGUUUGGGUUUUAUUAUGAAUGUAGCCGACGGACAGAAGCGCCGUUUCUUUCCUUCUUUUUGUACAUUUCUGCCAACUCCCAGAAUCCAAACAUGUACUGUAACAUGAACUAUUUGAUAUCUAGACCUGAUAAAGAUCAUUCUAUGAGAUGUAUUGUGAAUGUAUAGACGUCUUCUCUGAUUUUUAGCCUUUCUGAGCCUCAUUAAGUGCUUCAGUUUCCAUGUCUUCUGAUUCGCUGCAGCUUCUGCCAGAUCUCCUCGGCCUGCGUUUAGAAAAUUCUUCAGUUAUUGGAGUAAACUUGAUAUUUUAUAUGUUUUUGUGUCCUGAAUACUUUGAUGUACAGAAAGUAGAAAAAUACUUUGAUCCGUCUGUAAUGAAAUGUAUUUAAAUGAUUAGAGACUCCAUGAUAAUAAAUAAGGAACUUCAACAAAACCGA